GACUCCCGCCACAGCAUGGGCUCUACACAUCCACCGUCUUGCGAAGAUAUCUGUCGCUAGCGCUGUGUGUCUGAUGCCUGAUGAUGUCGAACUGCGACAGGAAAUUCUGCAAAAGACGCUGGAGGAAGUAGCGCAGGAGAACAAGAACCACCGAAACGAAGACGCGGAAGAGGAAGCUGCGGCCAAUCCGUGUGUGAUAUGUCUUGAUGCAAUCGCAGAGCCAGGGAUAUCUAUACCGUGCGGACAUGUGAAUUUCGAUUUUCUCUGCUUGUUGAGUUGGUUGGAGCAGCGGCCGAGUUGCCCUUUGUGCAAGAAGGAUGUUAUCUCCGUGAAAUACGACCUAAACGCUGCUGAAGGCCCUAAAGUUUACCAACUACCUCCUCCGGCAUCUCCCACCGGCCCUACAGCAUCGCCGUCGCAUCGUCCACAUCGUCCGGAUUUCCGUCGCGGCCGUCGUCCUCCGAGCGAAGCACAACGCCCGCGAGCACGAGAACCGGACGAUCCCCUCCUGCGACGAAGAAAUGUCUAUCGCAACCAGCUAUACUCUCUACGCGUUGGCUCGAAUCGCCUCUCGCAAUACCGCGAAUUAACACCAGAACUCUUCAACCGCGACGAACAGCUAGUAUCGCGCGCCAGGAAAUGGAUUCGUCGCGAACUGCGCGUAUUUAGUUUCUUGAACCCCGACCCAGUAGAAGAAGACGGAGGAGUAGGACCUAAUUGCAACAACCGAGUACCCCGUCCCGGCCAACAACGACUAGAAAACCGCCGCGGAAACAACGCCGAGUUCCUGCUCGAGUAUAUUAUUGCGAUCCUCCGCACAGUCGAUGUGAAAGGAAGUGCUGGACAGGCGGAGGAAUUGCUGCGUGAUUUUGUGGGAAGGGAUAAUGCUCGUUUGUUUCUGCAUGAGUUGUCGUCUUGGUUGCGGAGUCCGUAUAUGUCUCUCGAGGACUGGGAUCGGAAUGUACAGUAUGAGGAUACGAUAGGGAGACCGCCGAGAGGGCCAGGCCCGCGAGAACUUGAGUCUGAUCGUCGGUCAACUCCUGUAUUUGGGCCUGAUAGGCGCUCUGGACGUGGAAGGGGAUCAAAGUCGUAUUCUUCAAGAAGACCUUAUGAUCGAGGGAGAUCGCGAGAUUCAUCGACACAAGCUCGACGGCUACAGUCCGCACGGAACAGGUACAUUCCCGAUUAAAUGCACAGUAUAGAAUAUCAUAAUGCGACGAAUAUAUAGAUCUGGUUAUGUUAUGAAUAAUGCUUUAUAUACUAAACUUGGUAUCUCUAAUUUAAUAAACAACAAUGCAAA